CGUUGUUCAUUCCGGAUAAUGGCGGCCGCUGCUUGCAGUGGUUCGCUCCGUUUCUCCAGUCUGAAGCACGGUGGCCCGAAGGAACAUCACCAUCAUUACUACCAUGCGAGGAGGCGUACCGACUCCCGGCGGAGACAGGCCGCCCUCAGCUUCCUCAACAACAUUUCCCUGGACGGCCGGCGGCCCACUGACCUGUCCAAUGGCUUCCCGCCGUACCGACCGGUACAGGAGGCUGCCGCCGGCUGCAUCGGAUGUCUGCCGGGGAUGUCGAGCGGCCAAGCCUCCCGAUUGGGGCCUGUGGCGGGCGCUGGCUACGCCGGACCUGUGGUCGCCCCAGUCAAUGACUGCGGUCUCGGAGCGGGUGUCUGCGAGGGGGCCGCCGCCGCUGCUGCUGCUGCUGCUGGUGGUGGUGGGCAGCAGCUGGCUUCAGGCCCGGGGACUCCGCUGCCCAGGAGCGGGCUGGUGACAACGCAAGCGGCCGGAUCCUUCGGAUUGGACCUGCAGAGGCAGAGAAGUAGAACUUCUUCAGGAUCUCCCCAUCCAAAGAACACAAAGAAAGUCCAUUUCAUAAAAAAUAUGCGUCAGUAUGACACAAGAAAUAGCAGGAUAGUUCUCAUCUGUGCUAAAAGAUCACUGUGUUCAGCUUUUUCUAUACUGCCUUACGGAGAAUUUAAUAAUAAUAGCGACGGCAAACUCGAAGGACCAAGACAACGUAACCCUUCUGGUGGUAUUUCAGCCUCAACAGACAUGCUACUUGGACUUGAGGGGGUUGAAAUUGGCGCAGAUGGGAAGUCAGUUUCGUACGCUCAAUUUCUUUAUCCAACCAAUGCCUUUGUUGUGCCAAAAGCAUUGCCAGAGGUUUCUACUUCACUAGCACAAGUUCGAAAUAGCAUGCAUCGGAGUUUUACACCAGGAAGGCACGGAACAGCUGCAAUAGCAAUGGACAUAGGGAGUGAUGCUGGAGAUUUAAUAGAGUAUGAUCCUAAUCUUCUUGAUGAUCCUCAGUGGCCAUGUGGAAAACACAAACGUGUUCUAAUCUUUGCAUCUUACAUGACAACAGUGAUCGAAUAUGUAAAGCCAUCUGACUUGAAAAAGGAUAUGAAUGAAACAUUCAAGGAAAAAUUUCCUCACAUCAAGCUGACACUUAGUAAGAUAAGAAGUCUGAAACGGGAAAUGCGGAGCCUGGCAGAAGAAUGUAAUUUGGAACCUUGCACUGUGGCUUUAGCGUUCGUUUAUUUUGAGAAGCUUGUACUUCAAGGCAAAGUCAAUAAACAGAACAGAAAGCUUUGCUCAGGUGCCUGCUUACUACUAGCGGCCAAAAUCAGCAGUGACCUCAAGAAACACGAGGUUAAACACCUGAUUGAUAAACUGGAAGAGCGAUUACGAUUGAACUCAAAGGAGCUAGUUGCCUUUGAGUUCACAACUCUUGUGGCUUUAGAGUUUGGCCUUUACCUUCCUGAGAAAAAAGUGUUACCUCACUACAGGCGCCUUGUCCACCAAUCCUAGCUGCAAUUACAUUCCUACUGAAGAUGGGAGAAGCAAGAAGUUCUUCCUCAAAAUGCUGCACUAGUUGAAUUGUCUUUAUUUUCCUUUAUUAGCACAAACACCAUAGCAAAGAAACUACUAUUUUACUAGUUGGCAACAUGUGCUGGUGAUUCAACCAACUUCUUGAAGUUGAUUUCUGCCAGUUUUUCUGUUAAAGCACCUUUAUUGAUAUUCGGGUGGAACUUGGUAUACAUGUGUGUAAUGGCCAGUUGUGUCAAAUUAUGAAGGAUAGUAAUAAUUACCACCAAAAAAAUUCAAUAAUAGGCAACAGCACUUUUUUACAUGGUGACUAGUUGUUGCUGUGAUUGUCCGUUCCAAACUAUUUGUUCUUCCAGGCAUUAUGCUACUGUGGUUCGAGCGACUACUGUUAUUUGCACAGAAGCCACCACUCUAUGUUAGAGAUUCAAAAGAAGCACAUUUAUAGUGCUAUGCAGUUAAUAUUUGAACCAUAUAUUUUUGAAUAUUUUGUGUUUCAGACUUGUCGUAGUAUAGUGUUUAGUCUUCAGUAAAAAUGUGUUCCUUUUCAUAAUCCUGUUUAUAAAAUGUAAACUGUCUAUGAUAAUCAUCCCUUUUAGAUCUCCUUUCAUGGAAUUUCUUAAUCUUGCCAAUAGGUGUAAUUAAUGGAUGCACUUAGAGUCUUCUUACAGAUUGUAGUCUGCUAGAAAAUUAUACUGGAGACCAGCUUUCAGUUUUCUCCUUUUAGCUGAUUACUGGUCAAGUCAAAUAUUUAAUAUUUAAAUAUUAACUGUGUUGUCCUUAAAGUUUAUUUAGCUUCUACAUUUUGGUGACUUACCUUUGACUUGUGAGAGUAUAAUAUUUUUGUAAUUUAAAAAGUCAAAUGCUGGAAAGACUGAGCAGCUCAGGCAGCAUCUGUGGAGGAAGGGAGGAAAAGUUUGUUUCAAAUUGAUGACAUUUCAAGUCGCAAGGCGGUCAUUGGAUUGCAAAGUUGGAAAGUUAAUUCUAUCUUCCUGGUCUUUCUGGAUGCUGCAUGACCUGGGGACUAUUUCAGCAGUUUAUUUUAGAUUGCUAACAUCUGCAAUAUUUUGCAUUUGUUUUAUAUUUUAUUUAAUGAUUUCACAGUGUGAAGCCAUUUCAGGUAUUAAUAGAACCAACAGUGAGCAAAUUAAUGAUCAUAUAUGAUCAAUCAGUCAGCAGCUUAUUUAAAAACUGUGAAAAGAGCACAAUACUAUACUGUUUUGUUCAGUUUUCAUUGGUUGUCUAUUCAUUUCUUUUGUGUCUAGCAUGGGAACAGAAGCAGGUUAUUUGACCAUUUGAGUCUGUUUGGUUGUGCAGCUGAAUCAAGACUCCUUUGAAUGUCUCUUCAUCCUCCCACCCUUUUUUUAAAAAAAAUUAUUCAUCUGUUUCUAUCCUAAGAAGUUAAGUUAACCAGAUGUCCGUAGCUUGAUGUGGAAUGUGUUCCAGAUUUCUUUUGUCAUAUACAUUUCACUUAUAAAUGGCCUUGCUCUUAAAUCUGACACUGUGUAUUGUCAUCUCCCUUACCUGCCCUACAAAAAUAGAUUGUACUUUAUUUAAUCAGGACUCUUCAACCCAACUCAAAGUAUAUCCAAAUGAUUUUUAAUGAAUCUCCAAAGUACCACCUCGAAGACCAAUAUACCUUUCUAACUAUUUCUUUAACUGAACCGCUUCUCGUUUCAUUGUUUUAAGUUAUACUUUCUGAAGUAUAAAGUGUAUGCUUUCAAUCUCCACCCUCCUCGAACACCAUCUCAUAGUAUUCUCCCUACUUUUAUAACUUUGUUCUAACUUUUGAUUAAGAUUUGACUAUUUUUUAUUCAUUGUUUGUUGAUCUUAACUGAAAAUAUGGAUUAUUUUGCUACAUGCUUCAAUUAGCUGCAAAUUGAAUUGGUUUAUAAAGUAAUGUGCUCUUAUUUAUUGUACAAUUUGAAAAUGGAAUUAGUUAUAUCUCUAAUGGGUUCUCAUUUCUUUAGAUAUUUAAGAAGAAUUUGAGUAUUUCUAUAUGAACUAUAACCUCUUGUCUCAAUGCACAGACUGAUUUGGGACUUAAAAGUUUUUAUAAAAGUUUAUGUAUAUUUUUUAUUCAUUUUUAUUAGUUGAACUGCAA